ACCAAUACCCUUCGAACCUCUACUUAUUGAAUCCAAAGGUUCCACAGAUCAUCGUUCCUCUCCUAUUCUCUACUCGAAGACGGAUUGUCCAACAACUUCCAGGAAGCAUCCGGAUGAUGUGACCGUAGAUGAAGUUGCUCUGGAUGCGGGACGAAAAACAUUCUCCAUUGCACCCUCAGAACAAUCUAACUCCAAAGAAAUCAGUUAAUCUAUCGUCCGCGGUUAUGAUUCCCGUCACGAAUCCAAACAUGUGUCAAGCCUCCCAGGCGAUGUUGGUGCAGAAGCCUAGCAAUAGUUUGGUGUCAACUCAUCGCCUCUGGCGAAAGCUAGCAAGGCCAUACGGUGUUACACUUCAGCCUUCUGAGUUUCCCAGGUCCCCUAGUGUUGAUGUUUCUUUCAGUAAUUCUAAUGGUAACGGCCUUUCUUCGACGGACAAUAGAAUGUUGCUGACGGAUCCUUCAGUCUUGCCACCACCUAAAGUACGCUGUUUAACUCGUGACUGUGGGUCUAGGGAUUCGAAAGUUCCUGGUCCUCAGCUACAUGUUACGAAUGGAGUAAGCCCAACACAAAUCUUUCAGCUUCCAACUUAAUCUUUCGAACUUUGCAAUAUGGAAGUUGUCUGUUUUUAUAGUUCACUGUUAGCAUUUAACUAAACUCUUCUCAAGUAUUACCUCAUUAUACCUUUUGUGAACAGUUUAUUUGCAAUCCCAGUGGUAUGAUCUUGUAGCUUUUGUAAAGCUUAUUAUUAUUAUUGCGCUUCUGCGCUUCAGUUGUACAUAGGGGCCUUCAUGGCCACCCCCUUUCAUUUUCCCUGUACACUUUCCCCU